UUUCGUUACUCAGAGCAACGAAAUGGUGACUAGUGUCGAUGCCAUUCGCAAGGCUCAAAGGGCCGAAGGCCCUGCCACUGUCAUGGCCAUCGGCACUGCCACUCCCCCCAACUGUGUCGAUCAAAGCACUUACCCUGACUACUACUUCCGCAUCACCAACAGUGAACACAAGACGGAGCUCAAGGAGAAGUUCCAGCGCAUGUGUGACAAAUCCAUGAUCAAGAAGCGUUACAUGCACUUGAAUGAGGAGAUCUUGAAGGAAAACCCAACCAUGUGUGAAUACAUGGCUCCUUCUUUGGAUGCGAGACAAGACAUGGUGGUUGUUGAAGUCCCAAAAUUGGGAAAAGAAGCCGCUGUGAAGGCCAUCAAGGAAUGGGGACAACCCAAAUCCAAGAUAACCCACUUGGUUUUCUGCACCACAAGUGGUGUUGACAUGCCUGGAUGUGAUUACCAGCUCACCAAGCUUCUUGGGCUUCGACCCUCUGUGAAGAGACUCAUGAUGUACCAACAAGGAUGCUUUGCUGGUGGCACGGUCCUUCGUCUUGCCAAGGACCUUGCAGAGAACAACAAAGGUGCUCGUGUUCUUGUAGUUUGCUCUGAGAUCACUGCCGUGACCUUCCGUGGCCCAAGUGAUUCUCACCUUGACAGUCUUGUGGGUCAGGCUCUGUUUGGAGAUGGUGCAGCUGCAAUCAUAGUUGGGGCUGACCCGAUUCCUGAAAUUGAGAAACCCUUGUUUGAGUUGGUCUCGGCAGCUCAGACCAUUCUACCUGACAGUGAUGGUGCCAUAGAUGGACAUUUAAGAGAGGUUGGCCUCACCUUCCACCUACUCAAAGACGUUCCAGGCCUCAUCUCCAAGAACAUUGAGAAGAGUCUCGUGGAGGCAUUUGAGCCACUCGGCAUCUCUGAUUGGAAUUCCCUCUUCUGGAUCGCCCACCCGGGUGGACCAGCCAUUUUGGACCAGGUCGAGCUCAAGUUAGCCCUUAAACUGGAGAAGCUCAGGGCCACAAGACACAUACUUAGUGAGUAUGGAAACAUGUCUAGUGCUUGUGUUCUAUUCAUUUUGGAUGAGAUGAGGAAGAAGUCGGCCGAGGAAGGGUUGAAGACCACCGGUGAGGGGCUCGAGUGGGGUGUUCUAUUUGGAUUCGGACCGGGUCUGACCGUCGAGACCGUGGUUCUCCAUAGCGUGGCUGCCUAGAAGCAUCAUAAAGGAAAAACAAUGAUUCUGUUUCCUUUAAUUUUAUUCUCUUUAAUUUCUCAUGUUUGCCUUA